AGUCGUUUUCUUCCACAAACAUCUCCCCCGAUACAGAAUCCUCCCACGGCUACUGCUCCGAGGAAGACUUCCGCCGGCGGGGUGCUGCGAGCCGCGACCGACCUGCUGCAGACGCGGCGGCCCGCUGGUCCGGCGAGGUUGGGCGGCGGCGACAGUGCGGCGAGGAAGGGCGCCGGCGAUGUUGCGUGCGGUGGCCGUGGGUGCGUCGAUGACAGGCCAUCGCUGUUGCGAGCGGGGGCCAUCGUGGCCGCCGCAAGGAAGCUCGAGCCGCCAUGGCUCCCAUGAGGGUGCUGCGAGCAUUGGCCGGCGAUGCUCUGGCUAGCGAGGAUAGUCGCGGUGGGUCACUCCUAAAGACAACCAAUUAAAGUGAAACUUCAAGGGUAGUCUAAAGCGUUGUUUUUGUCACAAGCGGAUGAGACUAUCAUACAUUUUUUUUUUCCAGUGUCAUGUGUCUUGGUACGUGUGGUCAUGUGUCAUUCAUGUCUAAAUCUCAGAUGACCAUCUGGUCCUAAUACGCAUGCACAUGAAGGCCCUCGUACUGUCAUACGCAAGUUGAAUUGCUCUUGAUAAUCCUCAAAUCCCUAUGGUAUACUCCUAUCUAGUUAUAGUAAUUUGACACUAGAUGGGAAUAAUACGUCUUCAUUUUGACGAGCUUCAUGCGAUAGCUUCAUUUUUUGCCAGCGCAUGAAGCUUUUCACAUUUCGUACAAAAUGAAAGACAUUUUUUAUGAAUUGGAGGGAAUACAUUUUUUUCUUAGUGAAACUGCCACUUUGUCAUAUUUAAACAAGCCCCUCUUGCUACAUGUGGGGAGAAAAGCAAAGCAGCAACUUGCCGGGGAAGGACCAAAAAGAGCAAACCCCAGGACGAUGAAAAACUGUAAAGAACUAGAGGUACACACAGGAAUGAUAUAGUUAGUACUGGAGACCAAGCAUAUAUGUACAGGAAUACGCUUUCUCGAUCUUCUCUACUACUCGACGCUUUUUCCCUUUUCUCUACCAAUCAAACUAACGGACGGAGAAACUUUUGUUGCCUGCGCUUCUCUUAUGCCUGCGUCCAUUGGAUUUGUGCUAGCUAGAAUUGGCCAGCGCAACUCUACAGAGAGGAGUAUUUGGAGAGAGCCAGCGCAACAUCUGUACAGAUCGAGAUGGCAGAGAAGCCCGUGGAUCCGGCACCUGAGUCGUCUCAGGCAGGAGACGGCGCCUUCAAUUCGGUUGGGCCUCAAGAUUUGCAGAACAUCAGGCUACUGAUUGACAUAGGAGGCAGGACCAUCGAGAUCCCUCUCAAAGGGAAGCUCGUUGUGCAGACUGCUGCUGCCGGCGGCGAAAACGACACGGCAGCAGAUGAACAAUCGACGGGACAAGGCGCGGCGGCGGCGGCGGCGGCAGCGGUGGCUCAAAAGCAAGAUGAAGACCGGAAGUACCUGGACCAGAUGCGCGGGUGGCUGAUAACGGUGGCCACGCUCUUCACGGGCAUUGCGUUCCAGGCGGCGAUCCAGCCGCCGGCCUGGAUUCCCAAAGACUGGGGCGCCUGGCUCCUCAGAAAGCGUUUCGCCGGUAUGUCGGGAGCUCUGGCUGCUCUGUACAUGAUCUUUAACGCGACUACUUUCACCAUGGCACUGUUCCUGGUGGUAACGCUGCUGACGAUGAAAGAAGCCUCGCCAACCCGCGCCGUCAACCUCAUAGCACCGUCUGCGCUCAUCGUCGCCUCUUCUGUCUUCAGUACCUUUGCCCUGGGUAUGUCCAACGAUCCACGCGCUUCCAUGCUUGUUUUUAUUGCCGUUUUGGUGAUCGCCACUGUCUUGCCUUUGCUCUUCCGUUUCGUCUGGAUUCUGAUGCCCCAACCUGUACGUGCACUGUAUGCUCGGGCUUGUAGUGGCCCCCGGGAGCAUCCCGAUCCCCCUGUGGUUUAAUGAUGGUAAUGACUCGUGAUCUUGGUCGUGUGCGUUAUAAGUAUUUCCUCCGUUCCUAGAUAAUUGUCGCUGUUUUAGUACAAUUUUGCAUUAAAACAGCGAAAGUAUUCAGGAACGGAGACAGUAUGUAUGUCACCGUCGACGACGGUGUGGA